CACCUAUCUGGUUCACACACAGACACACACACACACACUGAGGCCAAAGAUGACGUAAGGCUCAUGCUGCAGGUUCCUCUACGAGCGUCUCGUAUAAUGGAAUAAAUUUCCAUUUUAGUGAACACGGUUUUAACGGUGUUUUAUACGAAUAAAAAAAAAAAAUCCUCCCUUAUGGCACUAGUUCUGUCUUUACAAGCAAUACAUAUUCAUCCGCUUCUACGUGAGUGUCAAGAACACAGCAGUACCCGGAUGGACUGUCAUGGCCGCCGUCGCUGUGGAUCCACAGAGAGGAGAGGAAGAAGGCAAAUGUUUCUGUUGUGUAUUUUUUCAAGCUGAACAUUGUCUUUAUGAUGCUGGACGUAGACGGGACGCCGCCUGAACUUCCAUCGAGUUCAUAACAUUGGGAUCACACUACAAACUCCUUUUCUUCAGAACACUGGUUAAGGUUUUCCCAAAGGAGCACAGGAAAUACAGCCACUGCUGGACCUUCUUGACCAGCUGUGUGGUGUUCAGUGUCCAGGUGAGGUCCUCAGUGAUGUAGACUCCUAGGUGUCUAAAGCUGCUCACCCUCUCCACUUCAAGGCCCCGGAUAAACAGCGGCUGAAACCUUCAUACUUGCAACAAUGGAAGAAGAUGGAUUACCAUACGACUCUCCAAAAAACUGCAACAAAUCUGUAAUAGAGGAUGAAAAGGAAAAAGUAAAAGACUUUCUGUAUAAGCAUUUCAGAGAUGUAACAGAUGGGUCGCUCUUCAGUAAUGCGGAAGAAUCUGCCAUUAAGGAUAAUGGGACUUCCACUAGAAAAGAUAAAAACUCUCUUAACAAAGCCCAUUGUAAAAAUCAACAGGGGGCUGUAUUCUCUGGCAAAAUUUUGAGUUUUGGAUGCUCAGUUUGUAAAGAUAACUGUACUUUUAGCCCCAAUGACCUUCUUAAACAUUUUAGAGCAGUUCACAGAGGAACCCUUCCUACAUACCCUUGUGAUUUAUGUGAUUUCAUCACAAAUGAGUUCCCUGCUCUUCAGCGCCAUCGGAUUGAGCACAGAAAUACUCUGGUUGCAUGUGAACUUUGUAAUGAUGAUGUACAGUACUCUCUUCUUUUGCUUACCAGACACUACAUCAUGUGCCACAGUGUAAAUGGACAGUUCAGCUGUGACUGGUGUGAGUUUACAACUGUGGAUGCAGGGACAUUUGUCCAGCAUAUCCAUCAUCAUAAUGAAAGUCAUUGGAAGUGUUUGAAAUGCAAACAUAUUAGCUUGAACGAAGAGGAUCACCAGAAGCACAUGAAAGCUCACACGGGUACAUUUCCAUUCACAUGUCAAGUCUGUGGAUAUGGUGCAGCACGAAGUGAGUACCUUAAAAAACACAUGGCAGCUGUUCACAAAGAGGUGACAGAAAGAAAAAAUGCAUGGAAGGCUAUAGAAGACUCACCAGCAAAUUCAUCUGUGAACUUGAAAUUGAUGGUUAAAAAGAAUAGUGAGUCACAGGAGGCUCAAAGGAUAUCAAAACAAUAUCAAAGUGGCAAACUAGUUAAGCCAGACAAAUCCUUAGAGGACACCCAGCACUUUGUUGAUGGGACUGUAGCAAAAAAGGACAAAACUUUGUGCAAAGUUUCCCAUAAUACAGAACAGUCAACACCAAUCAUGUUGGAGGAAUGUGAUAAUUGUCCAGCUUCUGAUAGUGGAAGUCACAACAAUGCUAAUGGACUGACUGUUCUAAUGGUUAAGAACAAAAUCUCCCUCCCCCCUAACUGCACAACCAAAGUUAUGGGAUUCAAGAUGGUCGACGGAAAAAAACAUUUAGUUCUCAAAGUAAUCCCAACAACAAAGCAAGAUCAGAACCAUUCCAUUGCGGAAGGGGGCUUCUCCUCACUAAAUUCUGUGUUUGAUAAAAGUAAAAUCUCUGAGACUGAGCUUUGCUCUGAUAGCAGGAGCUCGACAUCACAGUGCUUAGCUGUUUCACCAAGAAGUGGAUCUUGCAUACAGAUAGAUCAAGAGGAUAUUUUGGCAGUUAAAGUAAAAAUUGAGGAGGAGGAAACAUCAGUUGGGGCCCUUAGUUCCACUCCACAUAUCGAAAGUGUUGGAGAACAAACAAAUGCUAUAUUAGAUACGUCAUUAAAUUAUGCAGAUGUCUCGUGUCCCACAAGAAAUGAGUUGGAUCAGGCGCAUCAUCCAAAUGAAACAAACUCUAUGGAGGAAAUGAACUUGAAAAGUAAGUCAGUUACCCAAACUUCCAGUCCUUGUAGAAACUGCCAUAGUGUUUCCAACCACCCUGCAACAGUAUGUUCUGUUAAGGUCAGUGGUUUAUCAUCACCUUCAAAGUUUGCUCAAGAUACACUGCUUCCCAAACCCAUCUUUAGAAAAAUCGAGGAGUCUAAAGCUGUAAAUGAGCUAUCCAUACCUGACAGCAUUUGCCGCCUAACUGAUGAGCACAAAGGGAAUUCUGCUUUUAACACUAUGGAAAAUGGACAUCAGUCUUCCCACGUUUCUUCAGAUAAAAAUGACAGGUUUAGAACUGAGAUGGUACAUAAAAACAGACAGCAAAAUGCAAAACAUACAUCAUGUUGCCCAUCACAGCUGUCUCCACCAAAUUCAGUUAGCUGCAGAGAAAAUGCCAUUGGCUCGGAGAAAUGUAAUCAAGACUCACCAAACCAAGAAGUAUUUACUUUUCACAAUUAUUCGAAGGAUGCUUUCAACAUUUCAUCAAACGUCACCCCAAACUUGGAGAAUAAUUCUGAUGAUAACUCGGCAAAUAAAAGACAUACCUCUAAAUCAUCACACUUCAACUUGACGUCAGCAGGAUCACCAGAACAUUGCACAGGAAGUGCACAUGGUGACACUGAAGUUGAUGAGUGUAUAUCUAAUGUUGAUGGUGCUCUGACAGAAGAAAAUCCCGAUGUAGUGCUCCAAGACUUCAAUAUUGUCAAAAUUGAGGAAGAGACCAUUCCGAUAUCUAAAAGACAGCCUACGAGUAGUUUAACAUCCCUCGGCAAUUUUGUGGAAGAACAUUCUAAUGCAAUCAUCACCCAACAGCUUAACAAGGAAAAAACAGGUUCUUCAAGUGCAAACGAUGAUUCUUUAAAACCAACAAAAAGAACUGUGCGAAUUCUUCAGCUACCAGAGGCUAAUCAGCCAGUACUCCUGACAAGGGGUAGUGAGAACCAAUUUGCAGUGCCAGUGCAGGUCAAGGCUACCCCAGGCUUUAAACUCAUAACAAAUUCUGCAAAGCCUCAAAUCAAUGUGUCUUACAUUGAAAGUUCAAGUAAAACAACAGGUCUAAAUCCAGACAGCAAAAGGAUAGGUGUACAAGCAAUAAAACCUGGAACUGUUGAAAAAGGGACAGCUCUUCUUUCUGGUGUUCAACCAGGUUUUGGUACCGGUUUAAAUCACUACCUUAUUAACAGUGCAGGUUUAAAAUGCCCUGUACUCUUUUCAAGCACAUCACAAAAUGCAACUUCAGACAAAACUGCAAAGUCACAGUCAACGUGCUACUUGGUACAAAGGUCUGUUCCUUUUGUCCAGGCCCCUAAUACUCCUGCCCUCAGACUGGCAAGUGCCCAGCUUCCACUCAACUCACGGCCAGUGCUAGCGAUGCCAGUGAGUUGUGCAGACAAACCCAGCGCACUGCAGACUGGUCGGCAAGCCUUCUUGCUGCGGUACAUUUCUCAACCCAAAUCAAGCCUACUCUUGAACAACCAAGAACCAAACAAUGGAACUCAUUGCAGCCAGACGAGUGAGGGCUCUGGAAACAAAGUUAUAUUUAAAAUUGUCACACCCACUGGUAGCCUUCUUACAAAUGGCACUCCCACCUCAAAUAAUCAACCUUUGUUUUUGGCCACCAGACCUCAGACUCAGUGUUUCCUGGUGUCAACAAACAAAAGUAAUGCAGCUGCUUCCACUGGAAUAAAAAAGUUGAUCACCAUUCAGAAUACCAAACAAAAAGAUGUCACUGAUUCCUGCAGUGCACCUUCUCAGACAACUGUAAAGGCACAACAACUGUGUGACUCAGAGAAACCUGUCCUAGCCCCGAGGCCAAUUCGGCCUCCAAGCCAAAGGAAAAGGCGCAGGAAAGCAUUGUUUGAUGAACUUCCAGGAGCAGUGCACAAGGCAAGAAGAUUCCUGAGUAAACCACCAACUGAGAAAGAUACUGUGUUAUGGAAACCUGUAGCCAAAGAGGUAGAACGGACACUUAGACUUGCCCCAUUGAAUUCUCUACAGCAGAUCAAAUGCCCUAGUAGAAACCAGCCUGUAGUGGUGCUCAAUCAUCCAGAUGCUGACAUUCCUGAAGUAGCCAACAUCAUGAAGGUAGUAAAUAGGUACAAAGGUGCUGUCACUAAGGUGUCUCUGUCUCAAAAAACAGUCCAAGCACUCUUAGAGCUUGGCACCCAAGGGAAGAAUUCCUCAACCAAAGACGCAUCUCAUUUCGACAAUCCAAAAUCUCGACCGGUGCAGAGUUCUGUCCGGGAGCGAUUCCUCCUUAAACUGAAACUCAAAAAAAAAAGCAAAAAGAAGUAUGAGGUUGUAAAGACUUUAUCAGGUUGUAGAGAAGAGCAAGUAAUGUUUGACUGCUGGUUUUGUGGUCGGCUCUUCAGCAGUCAAGAAGAUUGGAUUGGCCACGGCCAGAGGCAUCUCAUGGAGGCAACUAGAGACUGGAAUAAACUGUUCUGAAAUUUUUCUACUAUGUUAAGAUGGGUGGACAUAUUCUCCUGAGUGGAACUGUUGUUCUGCUGCUGGUUGUAUAUUGUAUAUUUGCGCAUUAACAGCCUUCCACUAUUAGUUUGUUCUCUGUAUGUUCUCUGUAAAUUUAAAUAUAUAUUCUUAAGUGAGUCAUAGUUUGUCUUUUAAUAGGUGCAUAUUCUGGUAAAUGAUGCACUGCAUGCAUGAUUUGUCAUACAUGCAGAUGUCAAAUUGAACUGUGAAAAUGGUACACUGUAAUUAGGGUUGUAUUAAGAGCACUGGCUGAACAAAAGAAACAUAAGCAAAGGUUGUAUGUCGAGUUGGAUUGAAUUCCUCAGGUAAUUUUAGAAUUCAUUUUGUUUAUCAUGUGUCAUUUUUGUAAAUCAUAGUUCUAGUUUAAGGGACUUUUGUAUUUUUUAUUAUUCUGUACUCAAGGACAUGAAGCUGUUAUUUGUAUAGUUAACAAUAAACCUUAUAAACGAGUUACAUUAUUUUAUGUUUGUGAAGGAAGGGGGAAAAGCAGUUCUUUGUCUGAAUGAUUUUUUUUUCCCCCACAUAUAGUUAUAACUGAAAAGUGUAUCAUUCUAUACUAUGUUUACAGUUUACUUAUCAGGAUUUCCCUGUACCAUACUUGCAUCAUAACAUGAGCUGCACCUUUUCAUAGUUACCUGUCUAAAACACCCAAGAGAAUAAAUUGUUGUGAGUCAUUG